AUAUGCUGUUGGCCAACACUGGUUCUAGUGUUUUGCAUUGGCAGCACACUGUGCAGAGACCAUUUCAGUUUCAAAACGAUGUCGGUGGCCAAGAAGCACGUGUUGGGAUUCUCACCGAACGGUGGCAAGUUCUUUGCCUUAGUUGAUGAGAACGGCAUACUACGAGUAUGGGACACUGAGAACAAUACAUUGAAGCAGGAAUUCACGCCGAAUCUGCAAGUAUCUGGUGGCUGUAAGGCGCUCACGUGGGUUACGGUUGCCGCAUCGCGUCCCAAGAAGAUUCGCAAAUCGUUGCCACCUGGAACACUAAUUCCAGAAAAGCUGUACAUAGCUCUUGGAACGACUAAGGGUUUGGUUGUGCUCUACUCAUUGGCCUCAGGAAACAUUGAACGCACUCUUGGUGAUGAUAGCCACAAUGGACCUAUUACGUCCAUAGCCUAUGACAACAAUGGACAUUUGUACACGGUGGGUACCGAUUGUCGGGCUCUAGUUUGGUCCCUAGCAGAGGAGCGCCGCAUUGGCGAGUGGUCAGUGGGGCCAGAGAAGCCUUUAAAUAUCACAUAUUUGCCCAAAAGUCGCACCUUAGCUAUUGCCUCGCGUCAAAUCAAGAUCUAUGACGUGGACACCAAAGAGCUGGUAGAAACGUGCACAGGACACUCGGGGGAAGUUAAUUCCAUUGGCAGUUUUACAUACCAGAAUAAUGUAGAGUACGUGCUGACCACGGCCAAAAUGGAGCGUAUUAUCUCGUUAUGGAAGGUGAACAAGAAGGGACGCAACAAGGCAUCCACCUGCACCCUGCUAAUGGAAGAUGUGGCUCACAGUUUGGCUUGCGAGGUGCGCGACGAUGGACAGUUGCGUGUGGCAAGCGUUACACGCAAUGGCAACAUUCACAUCUACCUGUUGAAUGUGGAGAGUUUGUCGUCUGAGAAGUAUAUUAAGCCCAAGGUAACGCUACAAAUCGCUUCGGAUGGAGCGGAUACUGUGGAGCCAAUCCUCGCAGUCGCUGCUCACUUUGUCUACGAUGAGCAGCGUGCUCACGAGAUACUCUUUGGCUACGGCACGCGCAGUCUGGUGACAUUCGAAAAAUACACGCCCAACUACAGCGAGAAACUCAAUGUGAUUGUACGAACGGAUCCAAAGAAGUUGUACGCGAAGAAGAAGCGUAGCGAUCAGAGUGGCACACAGGAAGCACUCAAGACCAAGAUACCUAUUGUUAGCAAAACGGAGGUGGAGUACAAUAGUGCAUUGCCCAUUUCAAAGAAAAAGGUGCAGAACGAUGUGCCCAUGGAAGCCCGUUUAGAGAGCUUGACCAUUGAGGCAAGCAAGCUGCCUGAUGGCAAACUGCAAAGCCAAAGCAAGACGCAACUUUUAAUGCAGGCAUUGCACAGUCAGGAUCAAACCAUGUUGAAAGCGGUCUUGGACGCCAACGAUCGGGAGACCAUUAAGUUAACUUUGGAACGCUUGCCACUUGAGUACAUAAGUCCUUUAUUGAAUGAGCUGUCCACAAUGCUGCAGGGCAAGGCCGUCAAUGUUCGCUGUGCCUUGUUCUGGCUAAAAUCGCUGGUUACGACACGCAUGAGUGUUUUAAUGUCCGAAGACAAAGAGGAAUUGCGCGACAAGCUGGGAAUCUGUCUGGGAAUUGCAGAACAUCGUUUGCAUUGCAUUACAGAGGCAAUACAAGUGUCGGGUCGGGUUCAACUUGUCAUAAAUCACAUGAGACUCAACGCAAACAAUCACUUGAAUGAAGACGGCGUAUUAAUUGUUGAUGACGAUCAAGAUGAGGUAAAUGCAUCCCAGAUUACUGAUAAAAACUGGAGUGAUGUUGAGGAUGAAGAUAUCAACACAAAUCUCGUUUUGGACGAUGAUGAUGAAGACAACGACGAAGACGAACAAAUGGAAGCCGAUGAUGAUGUAGCAGCCGAUGUUGAGGAUCUGGCAAUGACACAAGAUUCAUCGGAAGACGAUGAAAAUGAGUCGGACACAGAUGCAUCUGCUGGUUAAUAGAAGUCAACCAUGUGUGACUGUGCAAAUAGUUAUCUAAAUCUAAGACCAAUUAAAAAAAGUUUUCCGGUUUUAAUCCAUAAAUAGAAGAA